AUGUCCUUCUUAAGAUCUUCCGCAUCCCGCGCUUCCUCUUUUGCACGAAUUGCACGCCCGACCAGGUAUAUCCGCGCCGCCGAGCUCCAGCCAUGGCAACGAGCUGUGCAGCGCAGAACCUACGCCAGCGGCCACGGCUCGCAUGGUGAGACGAAGAGCAGUGACGUCCCAUGGAUAGGCGCAGCUGUCAUCGGCACUGCUGUCGGUCUCUAUGUUGUCAUCAACCAAGAUACAAACCACGGCGCCGAACACCACCCUCUCGGUGAACCCCACGGCGAAGGAGAUGCCCCCAAGCAUGGUACCGAUUCGGUCGUAAAGAAGGCAGACGAUAAGCCCAAGGAGGAGCCCAAGGAAGAGCCCAAGGAGGAAUCCAAGGAUAAGUCCGAGGAAAAGCCAAAGAGCGAGCACAAGGACCCUUCCAAGCCCACCAAGGAGAACAGCGAGGAAAAGGACAAGCAGUCUCCUGAUGAGUCUGACAAGCCCGACCCCCGCAAAGAGGAGACCAAGAGCACCAACGAGACCUCUGGCAAGCAAAAAGGCUUGUCCAACGACAACACCGAACACACUUCGCCGAUUUCCGAACACUCUGAGAAGAGCAAGAAGGGUGAGGGCGUUGCUGAAACCGCUAAGCUGCAAGGAACCGUCUCGACCGAUCGUCCUGGCGCGGAAAACAAGGAGGAGCGUGGUAACACCAAGGUCGACAAGGACGCAUAA